AUGCUGAAAGUAGCAACUACGUUACGGCUUGUUUCAAAGCAGGGUAAUCUACGACUGUUCGCUACCGCUGCAAAGCAACAUGAAGCCCUAGUAAAUGUUCCACCGACUAAACUCACAGUGCUGGACAAUGGGAUUCGUGUUGCAACAGAAGAUUCUGGCUCUCCGACCGCAACCGUAGGCCUCUGGAUUGACGCUGGAUCAAGGUACGAAACAUCCAAGAACAAUGGUGUUGCCCAUUUUUUGGAACACAUGGCAUUCAAGGGUACUAGUAAAAGGUCGCAAACAGACUUAGAGCUUCUUGUAGAGAACAUGGGAGCACAUUUAAAUGCUUACACGUCUCGCGAACAGACUGUGUUCUAUGCUAAGUGUCUUGCUAAUGACGUGCCCACAGCCAUCGAGAUCCUUGCUGAUAUAAUCCAGAACUCUUCGCUUGCGGAACCCGAAAUCGAACGAGAACGCGGCGUUAUAUUGCGUGAAAUGCAAGACGUCGAAAGCAACUUACAAGAAGUUGUAUUUGAUCAUCUGCACGCAACAGCAUUCCAAGGUACACCUUUGGGACAGACAAUUCUUGGACCCACUAAGAACAUCAAAAAGAUUUCAAAAGCUGACCUGCAGCAAUAUAUUAAGACACACUACCAACCUGCCAGGAUAGUAUUAUCUGGUGCUGGAGGUGUUGAACACAACAAAUUAGUUGACCUAGCUAACAAACAUUUGGGUAGUUUGAAAAACACUGCCUUAGAUGUACCCCAAAUUACCCCAUGCCGUUACACUGGUUCGGAAAUCAAAGUCCGAGAUGAUUCUAUGCCUCUUGCACAUAUUGCAAUUGCUGUAGAAGGUGCUGGCUGGACCGAUGCUGAUAACAUUCCUUUGAUGGUGGCAAACACUCUUAUUGGAGCUUGGGAUCGCUCUCAAGGAGGUGGCGCCAACAAUGCUUCAUUUUUAGCCCGUGCUGCUUCAAUUGAAAACUUGUGCCACAGCUUCCAGUCUUUCAACACUUGCUACAAGGAUACUGGACUUUGGGGUAUCUACUUCGUGUCUGAACCAAUGCAAAUUGAUGACAUGGUAUUCAACAUUCAAAGAGAAUGGAUGAAACUCUGCACAUCAGUAACAGAAGGUGAAGUUGAGAGAGCUAAAAACUUACUUAAGACCAAUAUGCUAUUACAACUUGAUGGAACCACACCCGUAUGUGAGGACAUUGGUCGUCAGAUUCUGUGCUAUAACAGGCGUAUACCAAUUCACGAGCUUGAUGCACGAAUUGAAGCUGUGUCUGUACAAAACGUCAGAGAUGUUUGCUAUAAGUACUUAUAUGACAAGUGUCCAGCAGUGGCUGCAGUGGGUCCUACUGAAGCUCUUCCCGACUACAACAGGCUUCGUGGAGGCAUGUACUGGCUCAGAGUGUAA